GCCGUCCCCCUCUCGUGCUCCUUCGUCCUCGACUCCUUCUUCCCCUUCUCUCCGAUCGGCGUCGUUGACAUCCGCGGAAGACCUUGCCUCGCAGGAUGAACCAUGGCCAACAGAAGCAUGAACUGCUUGAGCACUUCCAGCCGCCCAUCUCGGACGCUCUUCUCCGGAACCGGUUCAACGACUAUCGGCAGCUGCGCUUCGACAUUCAGCAGGUGAACGUGCCGGCACCCAGCGUUGCCGACUUGGCGGUGUACUCGCUCCUUGCGCAGCGGGUGACGUACGUGGGUGUCUAUGUGGACAUAUCGCCCGUGCCUGGCCAGGAAUCCACGCGAGUGUUCAUCGAGUUCCAAGCCAUCCAAGUGGCGACGAACUUUGUGCACAACGUCGCUACUCUCACCGGGGAUUGGAUUGUCUUACCCGGGCACGAUCGGGAACCGACGUAUAGAGUCUUGCGCGAUUACGCUCUUCAGGUGGCGAGAUCGGUGGCGCGAGUGCAGGCUCGGGGCAGUCAUCGCUUCACUGCAUACGAAGGACUUCUGCGGCGGACUCUGGAGGAAGCACUUGCAUUGGUGCCGCAGCUUCCCGCGCUCCUUCCUCCCGCCGAGCCCCUCAACAUCCAAGUUCUCCCCUAUCCUAUGCGCAACUUUCCCGAGUACCUAGUGGAGCUGAUGGACGUGGAGCAGUUGCCGCUCGCCGACGAGGACGCGUGGGAGCUGCAUCGGGCGCUGUAUUCAUCGGUGGUGUUGGGCAUGUUCACAUUCUUCGUGGAGCACGAAGUUCAUAACGUCGGCGAAUUCCUCCACGUGUACUACGUGAUCGCCAAGCCGAAGCCGGAGCGGAAGGAGGGAACAGUGGCGCUUUAUCCUUUUGGGAGGAUCGGAACGAAUUGCCCGGGGCUCUUACAGCUCAUUCACAUCGAGCUGCUGUCCAUUGCGCAGGUAAUCGCUGCGGCAGAAGAAGACUUGCAGCUCAGACUACGGACCGCCUCAGCUCCGUGCAGAUCGUAUAACGCGGCRGUGAUACCCGACUAUCUGGCGCGUGAARGGGAGUCCGUGGUGGACUUCGGGCACGAAGAUAAGCCGCUGCGGCCUCCAUCAUCGUAUCCAAAGCCGGCGGCCUUGAAGGCACCAAGAAAGAGAACCGUCCCGAAGCGGCGACGAAGUCCAUUGCCGGAAGCUCAGGCCAGUCGAGUGGGGCCUGACGAGGAGGUCGUCCAGCCUGCGCCGGAUCGAAGGGUUCAGAUCUACAGACGAUUUGAUCAAGGAUUCACAGAGUACCUCUCGAACGGUCAUGAAGGGACCUAUCAAAGGCUAUGUCAUCAAAUUACGCGAGAGUUCAGUGAAUGUUCAAAGCAGGUGAACGACGUGGAAGCAGAAUUGCGACAGAAGAAGAAGAAGAAGGGCAUUAGCAGCGAUGGCGAUGGCGAUGACGGCGAUGGCGGCGAUGGCAAUGGCGACGGAUCGUCGCCGUCCGAUUUCGCAGAUUGGAUCCGUGCCGUUCAAGGCCAAGAAAAGCAAAAGCUAGAGAUGACAGCGAUCUUACAGGUACUAAGAAAGGCGGGAAGGCCAUCUGAGAGGGGAAGGGCAGGGGGGGUUCGAUCCGUCCAACCUAGUAGCGCAUCCGCCUCCUUAUCAUCCUCCUCCUCAUUGUCGAUCUCCUCCUCCUCCUCAUCCUCAUCUUCAUCUUCAUCAUCAACGUCAUCAUUACUGCUGACAUCAGGAGGAGAUCUUCCUCCUCCUCAUGGACAUUGUCAUCUAGAGCAGCAGCUUUUGUUUCCUAAUAGCAAUCAAGGGAUAGAAGGCGUGGAGGAUGCGCAAUUAGAGGCAGAGUAUGAUGGCGCCAUCAGCGAAGCCACGCAAGCUCUGCAACAAUCCAUCUUGGCCAUUAACGACCAAUUAGAGGAAUUUCGUUACGCGAUCGCCGAACUGGAGGAAGACGAUGAAGAAGACUCUUGAUCGUGACGUCAUCUUGGCAAACUUCUCUCUCUCUCUCUGCCUCUCUCUCUCUCUCUGUCUCUCUCUCUCUCUCACUCGCUCUUUUUCUCUGUCUGUCUGUCUGUCUGUCUCUCUCUCUUUCUUUCUCUCUCUCUCUCUCUCACACACACACACACACAUACACACCCAGUGGGACCGACGAUUCAGCCUCCUGAUGACACGGUGAAAGUUCGACGGAACAGUCUGUUUCAGUCACCCUUCUUUUGUGGAGUGUUGCGCUUAGCGGGAUCA